AUGACCCAGCCAACGAAAGAACAGCAAAAAAUUUUGGAAGGAUUUAAGGCUCUCAGGGAAAGUCAACAACUUAUUGUUGCUGAGCUCCAGAGAAGUGCUGCCGAGCUGCGGGAAGUGAAGUAAGUUUCUUUUUGUUAUUUUGUUUUUGCCUAGGGUUGUGCUGAGGUUAACAUGAACAUCGUUUUGCUUCAGGAGUGUUCUGGCAUCGUUAGGGCGAUGGGAUAAUACAAACCGAAAGUUCUACUACAGAUGUGUUGACGCCUUGCUUGAAUAUGAUGCCCCUUCGAUGGAAAAGAAGUUGAAUGAGGUUUCGGAAGAGGCAGGUUUUAAUUAUCCGAGGUUAAUAACUACUCAUCAUUUUAGUUACAAACAAAACUGAAGGAAGGUGAGGAAAAUCUGAAAGCCAAAGCCACAGAACUGAAGGAGUAUACAGAGAAGCACCAAAUCCGGUUUGUUCCUCAGUCGUAA